UUCUCCAGUAAACUUGAGUCACUCCUGGCUUGGCCACUGGCGUUUGAAGAGCUGGGAGUAGUUGCACGUCCUGAACUUUCCCAAUGGUUUCGGUGAACAGAAACGUGUUUGGAGAGCUGCCCUCGGGGGGAGGGACAGUGGAGAAGUUCCAGCUGCGGUCAGACCAGCUGAGAGUGGACAUCAUCUCCUGGGGCUGCACGAUCACAGCCCUGGAGGUCAAAGACAGGCAGGGGACAGCCUCAGACGUGGUGCUCGGCUUUGCCGAGUUGGAAGGAUACCUCCAAAAGCAGCCCUAUUUUGGAGCCGUGGUUGGGAGGGUGGCCAACCGAAUUGCCAAAGGGACGUUCACGUUGGAUGGGAAGAAGUACCAGCUGCCCAUUAACAGGGAGCCCAACAGCCUGCAUGGAGGACUGAGGGGGUUUGAUAAGGUCCUCUGGAUGCCUCAGGUGCUGUCAAAUGGUGUGCAGUUUUCCCGCGUCAGCCCAGACGGUGAGGAAGGCUACCCUGGAGAGCUGAAAGUCUGGGUGACGUACACCCUGGAUGGUGGGGAGCUCGUGGUCAACUAUAGAGCCCAGGCCAGUCAGGCCACACCGGUGAAUCUGACCAACCAUUCUUAUUUCAACCUGGCAGGCCAGGGCUCCCCAAAUGUGUAUGAUCAUGAAGUCACCAUAGAAGCAGAUACUUUUUUACCUGUGGAUGAAACUCUGAUUCCUACAGGUGACAUCGCCCCAGUGCAGGGCACGGCGUUUGACCUGAGAAAGGCAGUGGAGCUGGGCAGACACCUGCAGGAGUUUCACAUCGAUGGUUUCGACCACAACUUCUGCCUGAAGAGGUCUAAAGAAAAGCAUUUUUGUGCAAGGGUGCACCACCAUGGCAGCGGGCGGGUCCUGGAAGUGUACACCACCCAGCCUGGUGUCCAGUUUUACACGGGCAACUUCCUGGAUGGCACUCUGAAGGGCAAGGGCGGAGCGGUCUACCCUAAGCACUCCGGUUUCUGCCUUGAGACACAGAACUGGCCUGACGCAGUCAAUCAGCCCCACUUCCCUCCUGUGCUUCUGCGGCCUGGAGAGGAGUAUGACCACACCACCUGGUUCAAGUUUUCUGUGGCUUAAGGAAGAGUGAAGAUGACAGCCUGGUCCAGGGCCAGGCUGGGACCCCUUUGUCUCCUGUCCAGAGACGAGGUGAAGACGUAGAAGCUUGCAAAGUGAUCCUGCUCAUUAAAUCCUACAAAUGGCAGCUGUCACGAUAAUAGUCUGAAUGUUGAUUUCCUUUUUGAGUGACUGGCUGUAGGCGAUAUCCAGUGACAAGCUCUGUUCUCUGGUGGUUCAGAGGACGAGUGAACUCAGCCACCAGUGUCACCACCCCAAGCCUGACCCUAGCCCAGAAGUGGUUCCCUGGGACUCUCAUGCUGUUCAGGUGCCAUGGCUCCACAUGGCCUCAUUCUUUUCUACUUUCCUCCCUCCCUCCCGCCCUUUCUUUACCACUUUCUCAGCGCUUCUCCCAGUCUCUCUCAAAGCUCUCCAGCGUCCUCUGAGGUCUCAGUACCUUGCUUGGCAUGUGCACAGAUGAGCACUCGCUCUGUCCUGCAAAGCAGCAGGUGACUGGCGACAGAGCCGAGACUCAGGUUGAGUGACUCAUCUCACAAGCCAGCGAAAGUCUUAGCUGAGACUUCAGUUCAGUCCCAGGGUCACCGAGGAGCAUAAAGGGAUCCAGCCCCUGUGCUCCAGCUGUUGAUGGCCACCCAGUCUUCUCACGUUCGCUUUCAUAGCACGCAUGGGGAUGAGGUGACUCUUAGCAAUCUGUCUUUAGAGCCCUUGCGUUUGAAGUUGACUGAGAAAGCCCCGGCUGAAGGGCUGGGGAUUUAGCUCAGUGGUUCCACCGCCUGCCCCGAAAGCGCAAGGACCCGAGUUCAAUCCCCGGUACCAAAAACAAACAAAGAAAAAACAAAAAGAAAGCCCAGGCUGGCCAAGACAUGAAAGAAGGGACAGGAGCCGAGUGUGAGUUUCAUAGAGGAGGCUGGAGGCUCCCCUUCUAGAUAAUCACAUCAUCAACGAUGGGCUUGGGCCGGUGAUUUUUUAAAGAAAUGUACUUUAUACUACUGUCUACUACAAUCAGUUGAAAUAAAACCACAAUCUGCAUCUUCA